AUGGUGUCUACCCGGAGCGACUCGUCGGCAUCUUCGUCCAUGACGGCCAGCUCGCCCGUGCCCUCGUCUCUGUCGGCGCUGAACCCGCCGCCGAGUCGACCCUCGUUUGGGAUGCGCGCCCGGUCGGCAUCGCUCCAGAAGGGCGCGGCCGUGCUCAAGGCUCUGGCGCGUGCGCCAGAGGAUCCAGAUUACGAAGUCGAUGAUGAAGACGGGACAGGGGCGGACAAGAACGAAAGAGACAGUGGCUACGCAGAUGAGGAGGAGGCUGGGCUCAGCGAGGAGGCCAAGCAGGCCGGGAGAGCGAACCGCGAGGGGCUCAGACGGCGCGGUGAACAGAGGCAGGUGGAGAAGCUCGUGGGGAAACGAUCCAAGUCGUCCACCUCGUCGAUUCCCAAGAGGCCAUCGGCCUCCAAGACGGGCAGCCACCAGUCGUCAAAGUCAUGGGAGAUUCCCCGCAAGAUCUUUCACAGCAGCAUUGGUUUCCUCGUCCUCUAUCUAUACCUGAGCCACACGGAUCUGAGCCUCAUCGUGCGCAACCUCGCCAUCUUCCUGGGCAUCGUCAUCACGGCCGAUGUGCUCCGGCUCAACAUUCCCUGGUUCGAGGGCGUGUACGAAAAGGUGCUCGGGUUUCUCAUGCGAGAGGCCGAAAAGGAAAAGGUCAACGGAGUCGUCUGGUACCUCGUCGGCGUCAUUACAUGCUUGCACUUGUACCCGGCGGACAUCGCCUGCGUUUCGAUCAUGAUUCUCUCAUGGGCCGACACAUCUGCCUCCGUCUUUGGGCGUCUCUAUGGCUCCAAGACGCCCCCACUUCCGUCGCCACCUUUUGCGACCCGCAAGAGCACCGCGGGUUUCCUUGCUGCCAUCGUCGCAGGCACCUUGACCGCCGCCGUCUUUUGGGCAACGCCCAUCGCGUCUUCGGGCAUGCGAGCCGAGGGGCUCUCCAUCGCCCAUGAUCCUACUGCCUCGGUGCGGCACGCCGUCCUGGGCACCUCUAUCGCGCCUGGAAAGACCGGCACAGGGUGGACAGGGUGGGACUGGGGCUUCCGGCCCUCUGCCCCGGAGAAGUUCCUCGCCUUUUCUUCCUCUUCGCUGCGUGCUGGCGGGCUCAGCAGAAUCAUUCCUAAAAACAUCGGCGCGUCAACGAGCGGCGUCAUGGCUCUGCCCAUUCCUCUCCUCUGCCUCGCCAGCGGCAUUGUUGCAGGUGUGGCGGAGGGCUUGGAGCUGGGCGGCGUGGACGACAAUCUCAGCCUUCCCAUCCUCAGUGCCAUGGGCAUCCAUGCCACACUCGUCUCGUGGGGUUGGUUCGCGUCAACCUUCCUUCGAUGA